AUGUCGGCCUCAGUGGAUGCUCCCCAGCAAUUCAAGCAGCCCUCCCGUAAGGGCAAGAAGGCGUGGCGCAAAAAUGUCGAUGUCACUGAGGUUCAGGAAGGUCUUCGCUUGCUGAAAGACGAAGAAAUCAAAGGUGGCAUUGUUGCAGAAAAGCCCUCCGAUGAGUUGUUCAUAAUUGAUAACACUGGCUCGGCCGAUGUUCGCGAAAAGAUCACCAAGAAACACAAGCCGCUCAAGGCUGACGAAAUUAUUGCCCAGCGCUCUGCCAUUCCUGCUUUGCCAGGCCGCAAGCGUGGGAACCCAAAUCUCACCGAUGGAGUAAUUGAGCAGAAGUCCAAGAAGCACAAGAAGGACUGGGUGACCCAAAAAGAGCUUCUGCGCCUAAAGCAAGUGGCCAAGGAUGGAACUCCCACCAACACUUCCGGGAACAAUGAGAUCUAUGAUCCUUGGGCAGAGGAAGGUGACGAGACUACUGCAUACGACGACCCUCGAUUUGAUUUCUUAGAGAAACCUAAGCCAAAGGUUGCGCCAGAGACUCUUCAUCAAGCCCCUGUGUCACUUGCUGCCAACGGAAAGCCAAUCCCUUCGGUACGCACUCCUCAAGCUGGAAUCAGUUAUAACCCUGUCUUUGAAGAAUGGGACCGCCUGCUGGUGGAACAUGGGGAACAGGCUGUUGAAGAAGAGAAGAAGCGUCUCGAGGAGCAAAAGAAAGAAGAGGAGAAGCAGCGCCUGAUCGCCGAGGCUCAGAAUGAUGAUGGCGAGGUUAAGUCCGACGAUGAGAGUGCUUGGGAAGGAUUCGAAAGUGAAUAUGAAAAGCCUGAGUGGUUGAACAAGAAGAGGCCGGAGCGGAAAACCAAGGCUCAGCGGAACAAGAUCAAGCGCCGCAAGGAAGCCGAGCGCCUGGCUAAGUGGGAAGCUCAGAAGGCUAAGAAGGAGUCUCAGAUUGAGCUGGCUGAACGUCUUGCCGCAGAGGCAAAGGAACGUGAACUGGCGAAGCAGAAUGACUCAGAUGCCGAUGAUUCUGAGGAAGAGGGCGAUGAUACCAAAUUGCGAAGGAGAGCCCUUGGUGGCAAGCAUGCACCCCCAGAGAAACCAUUGGAGCUGGUGCUUCCCGAUGAGCUGCAGGAUUCACUCCGUCUGCUGAAACCAGAGGGCAAUUUGUUGGACGACCGUUUCCGCACGCUCAUCGUCCAGGGCAAGCUUGAGUCACGCAAGCCAGUGACACAGCCUCGCAAGGCCAAAAGGAAGGUCACCGAAAAAUGGAUGUCGAAGGAUUUCAGAGUUCCUGGCAUGGACUAUUGA